AUGGAAGACUUCUCAGACCGCCGGGGGACCUCCGAGCCUCCCGAGGAGGCCCGCCCCCUCUCACUUCCCCUCCCUGGGCUGGCCGCCGCGAAGCGGCCCCCGAGGCAGCAGCGCGUCCCCGCGCGCGCGCGGCUGCCCCAGGCUCCGAGCAAAGGCGGAGGGCGGCCCGCUCGGCCCGGCGCCGCCCCCAGCACGGCAACGGCGAACCCCAGACCUCUUGGCGUCGAGGCUCUCGGUGCGAGGAGGGGUCGGUCGGACUCGGCAUUGCAGCAGUCUGCGCGCCGUUCUGCUGAUGGGCUCACACCCCGUGAGCCAGGGGCAACGUAACUCUUAUUCCGCACGCCAUCCCCUCAAAACGAGGAGGGGCACCCAGCCCUGAGCCUGAGCUUGCCAUGGGGCACAAGAGGAGGGGGAGGAGGAAGAAGAGGAGGACGACGACGGCGACCACGCCGACGACGACGCCGACGAUGGCGACGACGGCGGCGGCGGUGACGGCAGCGGCGGCGGCGGCGGCGGCGACGGCGACGGCAACGGCGA